CUUCAUAUGUCUUCUUUAUAUUUUCGCUUAGAUCAAUAUACUUCUGCCCCGAGCUCAUGGUAAUGCGUGCAGACGACCACGAGGACCACUUCGAACACGACAAGGGCAGGGAGAUCACGCAAGUCCCGUGCAGAAUGAGCGAUUGAUCGGUCUCCAGGUGCCACAGCAUGUUCCAGUUUGCACCUUAAACUCCUCCCUUGUUGUUAUCUGACGUACAUAUCUCGAUUGUCAGUAACAAACGUCCAUGGGAUUCCUAGAUCGUCUGCGUAAACAACCCCAGUCUGUGUUAUCUCCCACACUUGUCGAGGACACCGACGAGAAGUCCGUUCAGCGCAAUCCAGAGGAUGUCACCGCCGAGGCUGUUCCACAGCGAGACGCUACAGGAGCCCAGGAAGUGGGAGAUGCCAUCGAAGGCGACGCAGGCUGGACUCCUGGUGGUAUCACGUUCGAGGAGGAUACUGCCGGAGGGAUGGGUCGGCAUUUGGGUGUUGUGAGCUGCACGCUGCUGAUUAUCGGUCGCAUUAUCGGGACAGGAAUCUUUUCCACACCCUCCUCUAUCUUGUCCGGCGUAGGCAGCAUUGGUGCCUCUCUUUUUCUUUGGGUACUUGGCUUCCUUAUCUCUCUUUGCGGCCUCUUCGUCUGGCUCGAGUUCGGUACAAUGUUUCCUCGUUCUGGAGGAGAGAAAGUUUACCUGGAAGCUGUGUACCGCAAGCCUAAGUACCUAGCCACGGUUAUCUUUGCCACCAAUGCGAUCCUGCUAGGAUUCACCGCCAGCGGGUGUAUCGUAUUCGCCAGUAAUAUCCUGGUUGCGGCAGGCGAUCCGAGCCCCAAUCCCUGGACCGAGAGAGGCAUUGCACUCGGAAUUAUUUUAUUCGUAACAUUCCUUCAUGGUCUUACUCCUCGGUUCGGUGUCUGGUUAAUGAACGCUCUCUCCUUCUUCAAAGUCGCUCUUCUCCUGUUUGUCGUUGUCGCAGGCUGGGUCGUUCUAGGUGGACACACCCGUGUACAGAACCCCACUGCCAACUUCCAUAACGCGUUUGCGGGCUCUUCCCAUUCAAGCAAUGACUACGCCACAGCUUUGUUCAAAGUGCUGAACUCAUAUGCCGGAUGGAGUAACGUCAACUAUGUCUUGAACAACGUCAAGGAUCCGGUGAGGACGCUCAAGAUCGCUGGUCCUUUGGGUUUGGGUCUCUGUGCCGCCUUCUAUCUAUUCGCCAAUAUCGCCUACUUUGCGGCAUCCACACCACAACAGAUCCAGUCUUCUGGUGUCGCUGUCGCAGCGCUCUUUUUCGGCAACGUCUUCGGCCCAUCUGCCGAAAAGGCACUCGCUGUUCUCGUCGCGCUCAGCGCCCUGGGCAACGUGAUCACCAUAACCUUUGCCCAGAGCCGUGUGAAUCAAGAACUCGCAAAGGAGGGGAUCCCUCUGCCUUUUGGCAACAAGUUUUGGGCCAGCAACUGGCCCGUCGGCUCUCCCCUUCCAGGGCUCAUCAUCCACCUUAUCCCCUCCGUGAUUAUUAUAAUCGGACCGCCUGCCAACGUCGCUUAUCCUUUCAUUCUCGAUAUAGAAGGUUAUCCUGGCCAGAUCAUCAACUUGUUCGUCGUACUUGGACUAUUUUGGCUCCGCUAUAAAAAACCGAAUGCUACGCGACCGUUCAAAGUCUGGUGGCCCUUCGCAUUCUUCUUCCUCGCGGCCGCCUGCUUCCUCUUGGUUGCUCCUUUCCUGCGUCCAAGCAAUGGCGUUGGUGACACCCCACCCCUGCCGUACUGGCUCUAUCCCAUCGUGGGUAUCGCUAUCAUGGUUGUCGGCGCGUUGUAUUGGGCCAUCUGGAGGGUAAUUCUGCCUGUUGUCUUUGGUUACGAGCUUGUGCCAAGGAAGGAAAGACUCUCAGAUGGGACGGUGGUCACAGUUUUUUCGACAGGUAAGACUAGCGAGAAUUGAGUCUAUCUGCCUUCCCCUCCGGUAUUGGUGACCACUGACGAGGCCACAGUGGUCCGCUCUCACGGAGAGAGACAGUAUAGAUAUGAGGAAGUGGGGCAUGCUGAUGGGUUCGAGGAUGAAACCGCGGAAAUGGAGCUUCACUCUUUGUGCAAGAAGGACCAACAUAUGCAGGUGGAGUAUGUGGAAGCUGGAACCGAAGAUAGUCAUGAAAACGGUUGACUGGUUCUAUUAGCUAGUUUCACAUCUUUUUUUUUGGUAAUGUACAAUACAGUUACAAUGUUAU